AUGGCUCAAUACACAGGCCUUGAAGCUGCUUCUUGGAAGGACUUAAUUAGAGAUUGGUGGCAGUUUAUCCUCAUUGCAUUUAUCCUUGCCUCUAUUGGUCUUGGCCUGGGCUUCAUCUCUUAUAUCGCACUCCAGAGUUCACUGAAAAGAUACCAGAAUUGGAAAUCCGCGAGAGCCGCCGCAGUCCCCGCGUCCAUCAAGAAGUAUCUUGCCAAGACUUACGGAGAACUAUCACAUCAUAAAAUCGUCGCUGUUGAAAAGAAGCCUGAAAGCUUUGGAGUAUAUCUGGGGUCGUUCAAUUAUACACCAACAGCUGAUGAACUGCGAUUGUUAGCACAAUGGGAUCUUCUUGUUGUCGAUGCCUUUCAAGAGAACAUAAAUCAUGUUCUUUCAUGUGGGCUGUAUCAUAAGCCGUCAUUAGUUCUAGCAAGACUCGAUUUAAGCACUAUUGUCCCGCAUCAAUGCAAGGUGUCAACAGCACUCGAAGGUGCUAUAGAAUGGGUCGCUAAGCUGGUAUCUGCAUCAACAGCAUCGGGAAGUGAUUGCCAUUUUUCUGGAAUUCUGAUCAGCAACUGGAACGAUCGAUUACCAAGCCCAGUGAUUAUCGAAUUCAUUGCCUUCGCUCACAAACUUGGAUUCCAAAUCUACCUUGAAACAUCUUCGCCUGGGUUCCUACGUGAUCCCAAAUUGGCAGAACUAGGUGAAGUGGCGGGAUUAAUAAUCAGAAAUGGCACGAUAUCGUCAAACGGUGACGAACGGGAUGCAUUUCAGAUGCAGGAGAUGAGGCCCACCAUAAAAGCUUUCGUUUCUCAAGCAUGCCUCAGACCUUUCGUGGUCUGCUUGUGGGAGACUUUGGAUGACGGGGUUAAUCCCACUAAUGCCGUUGUUAGGAGAUCAUACCAGUGGUCAAAAUUCUAUAGCGCCCUAUCACCAUGGAUUGGCUCAAUGGCCGAUUUGACUUCAACAACUCAUGGCAUAAACCGGAAGGAACCUCUGGGGGCAUUUUCUUGGCUCAAGGAGCCGGGGGUGAUGAAAGCGCACAAGCGAUGGCGUCUGAACCAUACUAUUGCUAGCGAAUAUGUACAGGAAAUAUCGCGCCUAGCUGGAAAUCUUCUUGGCGCCCUUUCCAUUGAGGUCGACCUCCAGCCAUCGGGCAAAUCUACCCAGCUACCAUUUGUCGACAUAGACCUUGAAUUGCCUGCAGGUAAUCUGCAAGUACCUUUGGACUUACCUGCAGAUUCCUCUGAGGGCGACCUUCCGGGAUUUUCAAGUAGAUCUCUCACGCCGACAGGGUCAUUUUUAUCGAUUCCCGCCCAGAACCGCAGAUUCUCCGAUGGCCCAUAUUCCUAUCUCAGCCAAAUCCCCGGAAAUCCAAUUUCAACAUCGCCUACUGGAUCUUCGAAUGACUUCCUUGGGUGCUUCCCACUUGGAGUAUAUGCUUCUAGAAAGUCUUUUGAUGAUAUCCUCCAAUCACAAAAAAAACUAAAAUCUCUUGAUCUUCUCGAAUCCGUAGAAAAUACCGUGUUGAAGGACAUUGGUGCAAAGUUAAACCGGUUUUGCGAUGAGCAAGACACAAUUGAGCUUUCACCAUGGCAUGCAGCUAUACAAGAACUUGCGAACCAGCUUUGUGGUUUAGCCGAUGAUUCUGCAACCACAGACUUGAUCAGGGUGUACAAAGGGCUCGAUUCGGGAUUCCAGUUUCAAGAUGGGGCUCGAUACUGGGCGGUAUUUGCGUUUGAAGAACGCGCCAUGCUUGACAUUUUUAUGUCAAGAAAUGUUCAAGAUCUUAGUGGAACAAUCCUGCAUACAUUCUUAUCAAGUCGGGGCUGUCCCCGUCAUGAAUCAUUUGAAGCAGAAAAGGAGUUUUGGCAGUGGUCGACACGUUCAAACUCUUACCUUUCCCCGCGGUUGCUCAAUGACAUAAGUUCACUUUCACCAUCAGAGCUACUCAGAUUCGUCCAAAUAUUGCAGAUAUCGUCAGUCAAGGGUCAUGGAGAUUUAAUCGAUUCUAUAAUAUUUGCUUGCGAGAGACAGCUAUUAGAUGCCGCAGAUUUCACUCAGAUGAAAGACGCCUGUUCAACUGGUUACCUAGGAAAUCAAAAGUCUCCGCAAGACCUAAUAGCAUUGAGAACAAAAUGGCAUGAGGACAAUAACUCACAGCAUCCUUCCGAGGAAAAUUCACUGGACGUCUUCCAGCAAAUCAACGACUCAAUUACCAUUGUACUGAAAGAAAGGAAGUUGGAUACUCUUCAAGUUGUUACGAAGACCUUAAUUGAAAUUCUCGAGGCCGAAAAGAUUGAUGCUCGCACUGAUGUCAUUUGCCUUGCUUUAUUUUCUGCAUUUCGAAAACAUGCUUUCGAGGAAGCAUAUGUUGAGGUAACAGAUAGGAACACCUUAUUCAACGAUCAGAGUGAUCAGGCAGCUGCCUUUGCGGAGCUCUUUGCAACGGGCGCUCGAUGCGAAUCUUACUUCGAUAUGACCCCAAGUGCCUUUGGUAAAUUACUAUCAGAUCGGUAUCGGGCUUGCCAUCAUCAACCCGGCCGGGAGCCUCCAAUAUGGUCUGAUGACGACCCAUCAACACCGUCAGCUUAUGCGGCAGCAAAAAUUGAUAUUGGAGAUUUCAAGAGCAAGCCCUUAUCCGGAGUAAUGAGAUUUACCUUUCUAAGCGUUUUCGCAAUACCAGCACUUGUGGAUAUUCUGCUGUUGACAAGUACCGGGAAAGGCCUCUAUUUGAGUGGGCACAUGAGCGACACGGCUCAGCACUCUGCAACUAUGGCUUUGAUGAUCUCUCUUUUGAUAUCUUGCGUCUGUGGUACAUGGAUAACUUGUGGUGGUGCUUAUUAUCUGAUUUCUAUGGCCUUCUCAGCAAUGAACAUGUUCGUGGCGACGAGACUGGUUGGUGGUUUUGCCUUUUCACUCGUUGUUGGCUUGAUCGGUUUUAUCGCCCUUGGUUUCAAAGACGGCAUCGUUGCAGGAGUCGUAUUUUUCUUGUACUUGAUUGCAAUGAGCACUUACUUGUCACUGCUGGCAACUUUGGCUAACUUUUCUUAUCCUGGUACCACUUUUCAAUCUGGACGUCCAGUAAUCCUCACGAUUCUUCCUUUAUUAUUCAUCUCCCCAAUCACGACAAUCUUCGCUCCUGGUUAUGACAUAUAUAUCUACUUAUCGGUUUUGUAUGUCUUCAUUUUUUCUCUUGCUUUGGGAACUCGACAUAUCGCAUCGAAAUGGACCACGUGGCAUCAAAAGAUUGAAAAUAUUAGCGACAAGGCUUUGAAGGAAUGGUAUAUCAAGGCACAUAAAGGGGGUGAUGAUCAUGCAUUCGACAGGAUGACCGAUCCAGCGGCUCUAAAGAUUUCAAGAACUGCAAUGAUCGAGGAAAUAACAAAAGUACGAAGCGGCUUUCUGCACAAAUGCCAAGAUCCUACCGUCAAAUCUUUAGCGGAAAGCUACGAUGCAACGAUCUUUCUAUUGCAAUGGUAUUCGGGCUACUCAGGAACGCCACUACCAAUGCCAUAUUCAUCAACUUGGAACAUGCAAAUCAAGGUUGCGCUUGAUACUCUCAAGCAGAUGCAAACAGGCCUCAGACUACAUAAUGCUUUUAUACACUGGCGCCAGGCUGGUGAUGAGUACACAAAGAUUUUCACAGGCCCUCGAAGUCUCAAACCUCUUUUGGUUGCUGUUUGCUUGGGUCUCCCUCUCGGACAAAUUCUCCGACAUUUUUUUCCGCAAUUUGAGUAUUGCGACGUGGUAGCACUUGCAGCAGCUACUUGGACGGCAGCAUUUCUCUCUCUGUAUUAUGCAGGUAUCAGGAUAAAACCAGUCGAUACUAUGGACUCGGAAGGUCGUGUUUGGAAUAAGAUAUCACAAGACAGAUCAUUCCAUGAAUUUACAAGCCCAGGUCGAGACUUGUUACUAUCUCAGGACGAACUUCGCAUCACUUUCGAAAACCUGAAUGCCCUUAGCGACGACGAAAAGUAUGAAGUCGAACCUAUGGCCCAUCCAGGUUUAGAGAUUAAGUCGAUCCUGCAUCAUGCUAUUGAAAUAUUUGAAGAGAUCAAAGGAAGUUCGGUUGAUUCAAUCCCAAAGUUCGCUCUGAGCGCAUUUCCAGAGGCGAUAAUGCUGUUGACGGAGGCCAUCGCAGCGUUUGACAGUGGGAAGGUUGUGAUCGAAUGUGUCUCCAUGUCUAUGUUCUCUGAUGAAUUCAAGGACCUAAAAGCAAUCAGCUGCGAUUCAAAUGAUUCAAUAAGGGUCAUUGUUGGUUGCGAAGCAAUGGAUGCAAUGGAACAGCAGUCAAGCAUCAGUAUUUUCUGUCAGACAUGCACAGGCCAGGUUGACACAUUGACAACCGAUCAGCAUAAUUGGUUACGAACGAACAAGCUUCAGGGCUUGUCUUUAAAUACAUUCAUGGCUCGUCGUAAUUUCGGUGCCUUUGUUGCCAUGGAAAAGAGAAGAUACACAUUAGAAUUCGCGAAAACAGCCCCAAUAGAAAGGCCUGAUAAGUACGAGAAGUCCAAUAUGAUGAAUUUAUUCAAAAAAGCUCGAGCACGGAGAGGGCCAUCAAAGUUACUCAAGCGCCAGUUGAAGUCGCCGUUCAGCAAAGUUUAUCAUACUAUUGGUCACUGUAUUAAGUUAUUUGCAAUAGCAUUUGUGGCGGAGCCGGAAUUACAAAGAGAGCUGGACUAUACCAUGAGGUCGACUCCGAAGUAUAUACGACCAAUUGUCAUGUUCUUAAUAACAGGCAUCUGGUCAUAUGCUAAAAUUCUGCAGGACUUGUUGAUGCCAAUGUUCUUGCUCCAUGGGAGAAAGAAUGUAGAGACUCUCUGGAAACAAAUACGUGGAACAACUGUAUCUUUGAAACGGCAGAAAAUAAUGAUAGAGAGCACCGGGGGAUCUUCCACCGCAUUUGUUCGAGUUCCGGACACUGCAAGUAUUGCAGGGGGCCAACUCACCGGCAGUGCUGUGGAAGAUACUGAUGCUGUUCAAGAAUCCUUACUAGGUUCUGGCAUUUGCGAGCUCCGCCAGUAUAGUGGCGUCCUGGAUCAAGAGCCAGCUGACGGAGCUAAACUUGAGCGCAUCAGCAUUUAUAGCAAGGAUCUUCUUCUAUUGCGCAGAGAAGACUACGUCAAAGGGGCGAGGACUAACGUUUACGAAUAUGAGUACGACGCUGAAAGUAUUCCAAAACAAAAAAUCAUGAAAAGCCGUCCUCGCUAUCCGAUUUCGCGGCGUUGCGUUGAAGGGAAGAACGAAUUUGAGCAAGUGUCUUUUAACAAUCAGGGUCUUGUCCAAAGUGGGUCUUAUAUUCUUGAUGGGAAUCUGGUGCGCUUCAAUUGCCAUUAUAGACAAAACAGCAAUUUUGAUGAUGAGUUGUUGAGAGCAGAGUUCGUUUUACCACAUAUGUUCUGCAUGGUUUCGUGGGCAGCGCCUCCUACAAAACAUCAAGACAAAUUGGACACGUGGAUACCCCAUUCGCAAGUCAUCGAGGCUACAUUUGUCAUAGGCCCCGAUGUAUAUGAGGCACAAUGGUCCUACGAUCAUAAAUACCAUCCGACCAUAUUUACGACGUUGAAUGGCGAACCUGUUGAAACGCCGGCUCUAAUACAGUGGGAUCAUCUCGGAGUCCUCAAAAAACCUACAAACUUUACAUUUCGUCACGAUGAUCACAUGAUCAGUUUCAAAUCAUUCCGUUCACAUGCUGUUCCCAGAUGGCUAGUUCUGCCAAUGCUCGCACUAGAUCCCGCUCCGGAUUUAAAGAGCGACGAACUUCAUGUCCUCGCAGCAGACUCUGGAAACAUGGCCAAAUGA